AUGUACAUCACCCUCUACUACAUAGUCACCCGUCUCCCUGACUCUCUCCGUGUAGUCAGGGACCACUUCCUCUCUGUUUGCCCCACCACUCUCACCGUUGACCUCCUCGAGAAGGCCCUCCUAGCAAUAGAGAAGAGCAUAGUCGCUGUAGGAGCCUCUCGUGGUGACCCUCGCACCCCCGUCUUUGAGGGGUGUUCUCCCUCCCCCCUCUUGCCCUCUGUUGCCUCUGCUGCUGCGGCCGACCUCGUUGGUUUCGAGUCGGUCGGCGCUGCGUCUGCCUCGAGUGGGAGACGCCGCACCGGCAAGGGCAAGGGGGGCAAGGGCACUGAAGGAGGUGGAGGGGGCGGUGGAGGUAGUGGUGGAGGCGGUGGAGGGAGUGGGGGUGGUGGUGGGAGUGGUGCUGGGGGUGGCGGCGGCGGCGGCAGCAGUGGAGGCGGCGGAGGCGGUGGAGGUGGCGGAGGGAGCGGAGGCGGCGGAGGUAGUGGAGGAGGCGGAGGUGGAGGAGGUGACGGAGGCGGCGGAGGCGGCGGCGGCGGCGGAGGCGGCGGUGGUGGAGCGAGUCGCGACUCUGCGUCGAGGAGUGGCGCCGGUGGUGGUCAGCGCCAGCAGCAGCAGCGGAGUGGUGUGACCCUGUCCCCUCAGCAGCUUCGUGAGUGGUACACUGCACGCCAGCGCGGUGGGGGCUUUGGUCCCUGCUCUUACGUUCUCCGUACCGGCGACCGCACUGGUGAGCAGUGCGGGAGUCCGCGCUCCACCCAGCGCUGCUUUGGUCGCCUGACAGACGCGUGGCGUCGCCAGUUCCCUGAGGCGUCACAGAUCCCUCGCUGGGGAGAUCUGGCUAAGGCCGGGGUUGCUAUCUUUGAUCUUGACUUUGAUGCUAUUCUUGCUGCCAUGUAUGCUGUUGCUGAUAGUGUUGAGGGUGCCUGUUACCUGUGUGUACCGCCUGACCCGCACAUUGAGGCUGCUGCGCUAGGUGCUGGUGAGACUGCUGCUCUAGGUGCUAGUGCGUCUGCUACCCCAGGUGCCAUUGCGUCUGCCGCCCCAGGUGCUGGUGAGUCUGCUCUCUCAGGUACUACGUCGGCUCAGGCCUUCCACACCUUCACCCUGGACUCGGGUGUGUCCCGCUCCUUCUUUCGAGACCGCACCACUCUUACGCCGCUUAGUUGGCCGGUUGCAGUCUCUCUAGCAGACCCCUCUGGGGGUCCUCUCCUUGCUAGCUUCUCCACUGUCCUUCCGUGCCCUGCAGCCCCCUCUGGCACCCACAUUGAGGGUGCUGCGCUAGGUGCUGGUGAGACUGCUGCUCUAGGUGCUAGUGCGUCUGCUACCCCAGGUGCCAUUGCGUCUGCCGCCCCAGGUGCUGGUGAGUCUGCUCUCUCAGGUACUACGUCGGCUCAGGCCUUCCACACCUUCACCCUGGACUCGGGUGUGUCCCGCUCCUUCUUUCGAGACCGCACCACUCUUACGCCGCUUAGUUGGCCGGUUGCAGUCUCCCUAGCAGACCCCUCUGGGGGUCCUCUCCUUGCUAGCUUCUCCACUGUCCUUCCGUGCCCUGCAGCCCCCUCUGGCACCCACAUUGAGGGUGCUGCGCUAGGUGCUGGUGUCGAGUAG